CACGCUGACUCUUCACUGAUUUAUUUGCUCAGGGACUGAGCCUCCACAGUUCUGUCAUCUUUGGAAGUCCUGGGUCUCUACCACAGAGAGCUGAGGCUGCUGUGCUGCUGGUUUGCCCCUUCUGCUCUGCCGUGUGCCUUGCAGGGCAGCUUGCUCCGGUGUUAAAAUUACACCAAAGAGCUGCGCGGUGACCUUGUAGCUGCAACUCUGGAGAAGCUACUUCACUCGUCUGCAGCUUUUGUACGAGAGACGAUGGCCUGAGCUGAGCUCUGUGACACCGCCUUCCAUCUGACUUCACCAAGCACAGAUGCUUAAAACCAAGAUUUCCCCCCACUUAACGUCUCUGCUUUGAUAAGUGUUAUUUCUUAGCCGCGUGAGAUGAAAUAAAGCCUCAGAAUCAAGAACCUCGUGAGGUAAGGGAUGGUUUAAGACUUUUAUCAGGUGUUGGAUAUUCUGACAGCCCUUCUCCAACAGAAAUCAUGGCAGAUAUUUCCUGGACUGAAAUCAUCUCCAAUGAAACAGCUGACAACAGCAGUUCCGAAUUCAGCUUGGAAGCAGACUUCCAGUAUCCCUUGUUUGUCAUCAUCUACAGCGUUGUGUUCGUGCUGGGACUGAUAGAAAAUGUCUUAGCUCUGUACCUCCUCUCUUGCACAGUGAAGCAUACUUCUCCUUCCUACAUAUACAUGAUAAACCUGGCUCUGGUAGACACCUUGUUUGUUUGUGUGCUGCCUUUUAAAAUUAAUUACCACCUGCAUCGGAACAACUGGAUCUUUGGUGAUGUGGCUUGUAGGGUAACUGGGACGUUGUACUACAUCAACAUCUGCCUAAGCAUCGCCUUUUUCACCUGCCUUUGCAUUGAUCGGUACGUUGCAGUGCUGCACCCCUUCACGUACAUCCGCAUCAAAGCCACCCACUACGUGGUGGUGGUCACUGUCCUCUGGCUGGUGGCUGUGAGUAUCAUGGUGCCUCUCGUCCUUGGUGGGCCCCUCCACCACAGGGGUGUGGGGAACGUGACAGCGUGCUUUGAGAACUUUGCGACGAGCAGCUGGACUCACCGCAUGGUGCCUUACAACAUCCUGGCCUUAGUUUUUGGUUUCGUGAUCCCGUUUUCCAUCAUUCUGAUCUGCUACCCUCUCAUCGCGAGGAGGAUCUCCCGGAUCAAGCACAGCAUUCGCAAGAAGAAAGCGCUGAGAACGAUCUACAUCAUCUUGUUCAUUUGUACUUUGUGCUUCCUCCCUUAUCACCUCACCCAUUUGCUCCACUUCUUGAUGAGAAUCCAAGUCAUCCAGAACGAGGCACUCACCAGCCUGAUCUACAAAAUGCGGAGGGUCACCUUAGCCCUGGUGAGUUUCAACUGCUGCCUCAACCCGUUCCUGUACUACUUCACCUCUUCUAGCAAGCACUGGCGCUUCAACUUCAAGCUCAGAUUCAGGUCUAAAAUGGUGUACACCAUCUACGACCAGAAACUCGGGGAGUACUCGUACAUUUAUAACCUGCACCAGACACAGGGAAAUAAAAACCCCAGAAAUGCACUCAACUGACCUACUCAAAAAUCAUGCAACUUCAGAGAAGGGCAGUUUUCCACCCUGUGAAGUAUGAGACUUUAUCGUGACUGGAACGACUUCAUCAUCUGGGGGUUAUCAGAGUCACCAGAAAGCCACGGGCCUGGCCCAACGUGCUUAACAGCCACUGGUUUACUUGAAAGGAUGUGAUUUUGGUAACAGAUACACAGACUCACCGGUCUGUUCCUUCCCAUGCUACGCCCAGACAUUACGGUAGCAUGGCUACGUUACUGGCCUACAGGCGCACAAGACUGCUGAGCAGAUACGAAUGGAAUGGAAACAGUUCUGGGCCUUGGUUAGGAACAAACUGUGCUUAACCCCAGCAAUGCUACAGCAGUAUUUCACAUCUGCUGUGCAAAACGCAGCCAAAAAAUCACCCGUGGGCCUGGCACCCUGCACUGGUCGGGGUGCCAGGUUAUGCUGGACAUGGAACAGGAAAUGGCACAGCCCUCGAAGGAGGUAGGGAGUAGGUUAGUGGGGUGGAAAGGCAUCAAGGGGAGUCUUAUAAUAGGGUUAGAGCUUUGUCAUAGGUGGCUUGUGUGCGUGCAGUAGUACUUGUGUUACACUAAGGCUGGCUUGCUGUGCUUACUGCUACGUGCAGUUUGAGUCCUGGGUCACACCGACACCCGUUACUGAUGGGUCAGCCCCUGCCCAGCAUGUGCUAAAUGCAACAGCUGAACUAGAGCAAGUCCUCUGCCUCUCUGGAUUUUGCUUUUGUCUUGGAGAACUACUUAGAAUAUCAAGAAAGCCUGCGCAAACUUUAAAGCUAUUGCCCAUAAUGAUUUUUGUAUUCAGCUGCUUGGUAAAACUGCUAGGAAAUCCUUGCACUUGGAAAAUGAAGAUGCUCUCCUCUGAAGGGAGCAUUAUGACAAAUUAUUGUCUUUCAUGUGAGACUAUUUUUGUCCCAUUCAUAGGCUAUGGAAGAACUUCCCUGCACUAAGAGACGAUUCUCUAAGCACCAUUUCUGUGGAAUUGGCAGAGGAAGAAAAAGUCAGAGACUACAUCCAGGAGGUGCAGCUUUCUUUAAGGCUUGUCAGCCAUUAUUAUUGAUACUUCCCUCAAUGAAAGUAAAGCUGCUGGGUAAAAAAGCACAUUUAGGGCUUUGUAUUCUCUUCUACAUUAAGCUUACACUUUGCAUUUUAAUUGCAAAGCUCUGAAAGCUGCCUUUGUUGACGUCUCAGGCUUCUUCAAGUUCUGAGUUUAUAUUCCCUUAUCAGCAAGGUGGAGGGCUGGCUGAUGAUAACCCUCCAUGGCACACCAGGGACUCCCUGAUCACGAACCUGUAAGACAAGGGAGCUGUUCUGUCCCAGGUAAACCGUCCAGGAUUUCAGGACAGGAGCGGGGUCAGUGCAUGGCUGUUGUUUCUGCUUAUUUUUGUGAUCAAAGUGAGAGAAGCACUGCUGAGGUUUUAAAUAAAGUGAGCUGUGGGAGUAAAAGAAUGCUAAAUAUAUCUUACCUUACUGUGUGAGCAGCAUGAAGCUUGGUCCUCGGGACUCAGAAAGAGGCUGCAGCGAUGUCCAGGACAGGUUUCUGGGGAGGAAGACUGCAGCGCUGCUGAACACUGUACACACUCACUGCAGCUAAUGGACAAACACUGCAAUUCUUUUAUUAAAACCAGAAAAAAAACAUUUGACAAUGUAAACAAAAUAAAAUGUAAAUUUCUCUGAA